GCUGAGGGAGAGGGGCCCGACCGGAGAAGUCCCACUGGGCAAAAGUAAGCGCUUGAAGAUCGUCCGCAAUCGUUUCAAAACGACGGAUGGAGGUGGAGAGUCAUGUUCAAAGUGAAACAGCAUUGCAGCCCCUGAAAGACCACUGUGACUAUCUGAUGGACUCCAUUGAUGCUCAGCUGAGCCAGCUGCAGGUUUCCGUAUUAACCGACCACGCAUUGCCAGCAACUAGCAGCCUGAUGAAGAGCGCCUCCUUCAGGAACACAGUAAAACUUUCUGGAAAGACAGGAACUCUGAAUACGAGCCAGUCUGGCACUCGGGAUACUGGAUUGGGUAGUGCCAGUGGUGCUGAUGUCUUGUCAGACACAGAAAUGCUGAUCCCCAUGAGACAAGAAGGUAACAGUGUUUCAGAAUGUGAAGAUCUGAAAGGAGUCUUGAGUCUAAGUGGAGGACAGGAUGUUACAGCAAUGUUCAAUCUAAGCCCAGAUUUCAGAAAGAGUCGGUCUGACAUUACAUUGACUAAGUUUGGGAGACCAGGAGCAGAGGCAGAUGGUGAGUCGAGAAAGGAGCAGUAUGAGUGGAGAGUGAAGCAGCUACUAGGGCUACAACAGAUAGAGUUCCAGCAAUAUCAGAGUGACACCAACACGGUGGACAGCAUUCGGACAGAAGACUUUGCUUUGCGUUUUCAUGAGGGUAUGGUAGACCCAGCAUUGUACUUCGACGCAGAGCCAGACAGUGAACAGAACUCGGUCAUCAGCAGCCAUGCUUCCUGCAGUGAACAGUCUCCAGAAUAUGCCAGCCUUGAACCUGACUCCCAACGAGGAAAUCUGGGAAGUGAAGUCUGUGAUCCUCCUCGGAAGCAGAGACUAUUCAGAAGGGAAAAGAGCAAUACGGAGUGCGCUCAACCUGACUGCACGGCCAAGCAAGAUUGUGGCAGAGUUCUUACAGAAACCUCUGCAAGAAUUCACCCAGCUCAGAGUCUAACUAGUGCAGAGCAGGAUGAGUUUGUUGGAUAUGCCUCUCCUCGAGGUGAUCAGGAUGGCGCGGUGGCUGAUGGGCCUGUUGAUUCAGUAGCUCAGAGGGUAAAUGUUGUGCAACAAUUUCAAGAGGAUUUAGAACAUGCCCUGCAAAGGACCAGGGGACAGGUUGGGACCCUAUGGAGACAGCAGGCAGCUUCCAAGGCCUUGACCAGAAGAACUGAGAGCGUUGAGUCUUUGGGUGGCAGGAUUUCAAAACUCAGCCAAUUCAACUUGUCAGAGCAGUCACUGCAGCGGAGGGCCUUUCUUUCCAGGAACAGAAUCCAAUUUACAGAUCCAUCCAGGGAAUCCCCUGUAAACCUAAAUCAAUUCACUGGGAGUGGUUUGGAGACCAGCAGUUCCCCAGGAUCUGAUCUAGAUGUGUUGAUCCAAGAAGAUCUGGGAACCAAUCUUGCGAGUAUUGGAAUAAAAGUGAAAGAGUCACAGAAAAGCCAGUCAAAGAGUCCAGAGUGGCAUAAUCCUGAUCUCCAGGGCCUCUUGAAGGGAGAUACCAGUAUCGGGACUCAAGUCCAGCAGGAGAGCUCAUCCCCCAAUUACAAGCGUCCGCUGCAGCAAGAUGCUGUGGCGAUAAAACAAACACUUCAGGUCAGUGGCAGAGAAUGGCCGGCGGUCCUUCUGCGUUUGAAUCUCAGCUUCUGGAGAUUGAAAAUUGCAAGGACACCCCAGCUUGUCUAA